UCUGCCUCCCUCUCCCCUAUCUUCCGCUCCAAAGGAAGGAAUACGACCUAGAAAAUAGAAAGAAACUCUCAUUCGCAGUGUCGCAGCCUCUCAGUUCUACUCGGAAGAUGCAUUGCAUUAGGAGCUCAAUCCUCCAGCAUUUGAGACUCAGAGUGCCGGUCAGAUCGGUUUUGCUUCUCGAGAAGGAGAAUGUUUUAAUUAGUAAAAUGAAUUUCACAUCAGGAGGAGGCCAAGAUCAGGUUUUGAGUAAGGUUAUUGAACUGGUUAAGAAGUACGACACGACCAGUGCCUCUAAGGUUACUGAAACGGCUGACUUUAAGAAAGAUUUGUCGCUGGACAGUUUAGAUAGGGUGGAGAUAGUGAUGGCUAUUGAAGAAGAGUUCUCCGUUGAGAUCCCUGAUGAAAAAGCUGAUAAGCUUACUUGUUGUGCUGAUAUUGCAAGCUUCAUAGUCUCUGAAACUCAAUCCAAGGCGCCAGAGUCCUGACUUUAUUUCUUGUCUUCAUUGUUCUGUUAGUCAAAGUCUAGAGACAUGCUUCUCUCAGCCAUUUUCAUUUGUGUCACUGCUGUUACAUUUCAUAUGAAGUAUUCAAGUGUGAUCACACUA